GGGUCUCCAAUUUCUCUGAGCUAAUCUUUGCGAUAAAAAAAAAAGGCUACGGUAUGACCUUGGUCGUUAAACAAGGAGAAGAACAUCAUCAUAUUUAUUUGUAUCAUGUGAACUAAACACUUUUGUCCACCCCAAACUGCAGGGACGCAGGGCGGUUGACGCAUUUGUGUUCGCGGAGCACACACACACACACACACACACACACGCACAUACGAGCUGCUGCGAAUGACUAGAGAGCUUGCUAGGAUACAGCAUAGCCUGGGCCAUCAAAACGUAUCGAAACAGCUAACGGUUUUCCUGAGAAAUUUUAAAGCUAGUCAGCUCGAUAGCUGACGGCAAAACAGGCAUGGACGACAAGUCAUUCACCAAGGAGUUGGACGGAUGGAUUGAACAACUGAAUGAGUGCAAACAGCUGAGCGAGAAUCAGGUCAAAGUCCUAUGUGAAAAGGCCAAGGAGAUCCUGACAAAGGAGUCCAAUGUGCAGGAGGUGAGAUGUCCGGUGACAGUCUGCGGAGAUGUCCAUGGUCAGUUCCAUGACCUAAUGGAGCUGUUUAAGAUCGGGGGGAAGUCUCCAGACACUAACUAUCUCUUCAUGGGAGACUAUGUGGACAGAGGCUACUAUUCUGUGGAGACAGUUAGUCUCCUGGUUUCUCUUAAGGUAAGGUUCCGUGAACGAAUCACAAUUCUCAGAGGGAACCACGAGAGCAGACAGAUCACACAAGUGUAUGGCUUCUACGACGAGUGCUUAAGGAAAUAUGGAAAUGCAAAUGUUUGGAAGUACUUCACAGAUCUGUUUGACUAUCUGCCCCUUACUGCACUGGUAGAUAAUCAGAUUUUCUGCCUCCAUGGAGGAUUGUCUCCUUCAAUAGACACACUGGAACACAUCAGAGCGCUGGAUCGCUUGCAGGAGGUUCCUCAUGAGGGUCCAAUGUGUGACUUGUUAUGGUCGGACCCAGAUGACCGUGGUGGCUGGGGCAUCUCCCCCCGUGGUGCUGGUUACACCUUCGGGCAGGACAUUUCCGAGACCUUCAACCACGCAAACGGCCUAACUUUGGUUUCAAGAGCCCACCAGCUGGUGAUGGAGGGAUACAAUUGGUGCCACGACCGCAAUGUAGUGACCAUCUUCAGUGCACCAAACUAUUGUUAUCGUUGUGGAAACCAGGCAGCAAUCAUGGAACUUGAUGACACAUUGAAAUACUCCUUCCUACAGUUCGACCCUGCACCUCGCAGAGGGGAGCCGCAUGUGACGCGGCGCACGCCAGACUAUUUCCUGUAAAGAUCACUGGCGAGCAUGGCAAGAGGGUACACACAAAAGAAGCAUUCAUAACCCCAUGGACCAAAACAAUGUGUGCCAAAAUCACAAUGAAAUGGAAACUAUCACACCUAGCUAAAGACCACCAUCCUUUCAACAUUUUUCUCUCUGUGCAUGAUGUUUUUAUUGCUAGAAAUGAUUGCUACUACGAACAAUACCGUCACAAUACCUGCUGGUUUGUCAGGAAACAUGAAUGAACUAAUGCUGAGAAUAACAACUAAAUGUAAGUAAUAUUUGUGUUAGAGUGUUAAUGAUGACCAGAGUGUUUCCAUAUACAGUAUUUAAGCUGCAUCUUUCACUUGGCAUGGCCUCAAAUCAAAGGUUGCAGUAAAUAUAAUUUAAACUCUUUCUUUUUGUAACUGAAGCGCAACAGUUUAUUUUGUGAAGUGAGAUGAUAGGGUUAGACGUCGGAAAUGAGUCUGUUCUCUUUGCACUUUUGUAUUUGAUUUUUAUCACAUGGCACUGACAGACAAUUUUCUUUUUUAUACCCUGGUAUAGUGUUAGUAGCUCGUUUUCUGCUCUGCUGUCUCUUAUAGGAGUUAAUGUAUUUCAUUUAAGUAGGCAAUAUUGGUACAAAUGACAUCAGUUGUAAAAGUAAAUGACUUAAUGUUUUGCAGCCACAGCUAUACGAAAUAAAGACUGAAGUUGCUUCGUCAUUUACUUCA